UGAUCCUUUGAAUAAAGUGUCGCGGAUCACACCUUCAGCAUGUUAAUUUUAGUGACCUCGUUGAUUCUGUUGAUUUCAAAGGGAGCAUAUUGUCAAAAUUAUAGUCUCGUGUUCGAAGAUAAUUUUGAUAUUUUGGACUUCAACAACUGGGUGCACGAGGUGACCUGCUGGGGUGGUGGGAAUGGCGAAUUCCAAGUUUACACUGAUGAUACUGAAAACAGCUAUGUUAAGAAUGGGCUUCUCUACAUUAGACCAACUCUAUUGGAAAACAACAUAAAUCCUUUAACUGGUCAGCCGUUUGGAGUUGACUUCCUGUAUGGUGGUACAUUGGACUUAAUAGCUAUGUAUGAACAAUGUACACAGAAGGACAACAACGGAUGCUUAAGGGAAGGCUGGUUCGGGAUAACUCCUCCUGUGGCAUCUGCCAGAUUACGCAGCAAGAGACGAUUUAACUUUCAGUUUGGAAAAGUAGAAGUCGUUGCGAAGAUGCCCGUCGGUGACUGGUUAUGGCCAGCAAUAUGGUUUCUUCCUGAAUACUUGGUAUACGGAGGAUGGCCGAGGUCUGGGGAAAUUGAUCUUGUAGAAGCAAGAGGGAACCGAGACCUCCUAACAACUGACAUGAACAGUAUAGGAAUAGACCACGCAGGCGCAACUUUGCAUUGGGGUCCACAAUGGGAUGACAACAAAUCAUGGCUCACAAGUGGUUCACAGACGAAUACUCAGAACAACUAUGGGGAUUUCUUCCAUACAUAUGGGAUGGAAUGGGACACAAAUGGAAUGAGAUUUACCAUAGACAAUAGCACCUUACUCCAAGUGCCCAACCCUCCAAUUGAUCAGAACCCUGGCUGGCAAGGAUUUUGGGAAUACGGGCGACAAAAUGGCGGAUGGUGGUCAACGACAACAAAUCCAUGGGCAUCUGGAACCAACAUGGCGCCUUUUGAUCAACAUUUCCACAUGAUACUGAACGUUGCAGUGGGAGGGACUAAUGGAUAUUUCCCCGAUGGUGUGAUAGUCAAUGGAGGUAUCCAUAAUAAACCAUGGAACAAUGGCGACAGUGAUGCAGAUGUUCGUUUUUACAAUGCCGUCAACGACUGGUUCCCUACAUGGGAAGGAGAAAACUCCGCCAUGCAAAUAGAUUCCAUUAAAGUUUGGCAGAGAACAUUGUAACAUAUAUGGUCUAGCUAGUAAUUUUAUGAUAAAGAUUGACUUAUAAAUCAAACAUACAGAAAAACGUACCAU